UAGCCAGGCGCGGGAGGCUGAGUGGCAAACAGUGUGUGAUCAUGAAAACCCGCGGACGAAGCGUUCUGGAAAGCGUCGAUGCGCUACGAAGGUUUCCUGCUCUGGCUGGCACCAGGGCGGCUCGCUAGGUCCAGUGUAGCUCCAGCCUUGGCCGAGCUCAGAACGAAGAGUGAGUGUAGCUCGCCGCCCACCACCCUUGCUCUAGUGACGCAGGACUCCCCGAGACGCCCUAACACACCUGAAGGAGCAGCGAGCAGCCUCCUGGUAGUGAUGGAAUAGCGGGGCAUGGGAGGCGGCUGAACAUUUCGUUACUGUAGAGUUAACAAGCGUCGUUUGAUGACUAAUUGAAUUGAUAGUUAAGACUCAGUACUGGCCAGUGCCGUGUUGUUGUCCAGACAGCCGCGGGAGUGUUAUACAAGUGAGUGAAGUGUUGCGUUGUGGAGAAUGUCACUGUCUUGAAUCGAGGCUUCUCUUCUUCUCUACCCUGCCCAGCCCUGCCCGCCCGUCCGUCCAAGUGGCGCUGGUGUUGCUUCUUCAGGACGUGCUAAGAACCUGUCGGGGAAGCGGAUCUGACUGAAAGGCAAACAUUCACGAGCGUCUCUGGUGAAUAAAAAACAGAAACAAAACACGGAAAAAAAUAAAACACAAGACAACAAAAACAUAAACAAAGCAGGAAAUAACACGCACGAGAAGCAACGAAAGGAAAAAAAGAAAAACAACUGAACAAGAAAACGAGAGAAAGAGAGAAAAAAAGACAAGGAAAAAAAGAGAACAGAGGAGAAAGAACCACAACUUUUGGAGAAUAAAGAAAAAAACCUUUCCCUCGAUUUCUACAAAAGUGUUAAAACAGAAAACGGAUUGUAACUAGAUGAUCGAAGAGGUUAAUUGAAAUCGUGACUUUGGCUCUCUUCAACACCACGUCCUGCCAGAGAGAGAGAGAGAGAGGAGAGAGAGAGAGGAGAGAGGGAGAGGGAGAAGGAGAGAAGGAGAAACAAACAAGCGAAGCCACAGUAGCAAGCAGCAGAAGAAACAGCAAAAGGAACAUCAACAGCAGGAGUCCCGAGGCUGGUGGUGGUUCAGGCGUCGGCAGGAUGGCCGCCAGAGCGGCGUUGCUGCCUCUGCUGGCUGCCGUUGGUGCCAUCACCUGUGGUGCGACCGCUGCCGCCAUGCCGCCCUCUGUCGCCAGUACCACGCCCGCCACGCUCACGCCUACAAAGUUUCACGCCAUCCCCGCUGCGCGCACCGUCAUCUCAUCAUCUCCGGUGCUUCUGCAGAGUAAUCUGACGACCACCAAGUCAAACACCACCGCAGGCUGGAGGUGUCCAGACGUCAGCAACAUCUCCGAAAUAUCUUGCACAUGUGAUGUGCCUCACACCAUCCGCUGCCGUGGCCAGGCGGUGCUCCCGCGGGACUUAGCCGUCCUAACACAAAUCCUGCGCAAUCACGGCGGCAUAUCCUUACUAGAUUUAGCCAUACACGGCCUUGGUAGCCCUGCCGGGAGCAGCUUUAAAGGUCUCGAGUUACUCGGCCUCGUCAUCACUAAGGCGGGGCUGCAAACUCUUCCUUCAGACGUGUUCAGCGGCCUGGAGGCUACGCUGGUGGCGCUCGGACUGCCCAACAAUAAACUCAUCUCCGUCCCCGUCGAUGCACUCAGCCCUCUGCGGCAGCUGCAGCGACUAGACAUGAGUGACAACCAGCUGCAUGAGCUUCCUUCCCGGGCCUUUCCAGCUAUGCUGCAACUAGAGAACCUUGACCUCGCUGGCAAUAGCCUCCGCCUCCUGCAGCCUGAGGCGUUCGUCCGGCUGCCUCACCUGACGUCCCUCAACCUUGCCUACAAUCAGCUGGACGCAGUUCAGAUCAACGACAGAACCAUGCGGGGACUGCACGGCCUCCAGCGCCUUUCCCUGCAGUCUAACCUUCUAAAGGGAGCCAUCACUCCCACCUUUAUUUCCGGCGUGCACGGUCUCCUCUCCCUGGAUCUGUCCGACAACACCCUCACCAUGCUGUCCCGUGGGGCACUGUCCGCUUGUCCCAACCUGCAGGAACUGGACUUGUCUCACAACAUGAUCGAUGUCAUCGAGGACCACGCCUUCGUCAAUCUGACGCGGUUACGUCGCCUGAAGCUGUCCCACAACCGCGUGGUGGCCGUGUCGGGCUGGUCACUGGCCCACCUGCCACUGCUGACUCAUCUAGCCAUGGCCGACAACGCCCUACGAGCCAUCACAGCUGACCUGCUCCACCAGCUGCCCGCCCUCAAGUCCCUUGACCUGGACGCCAAUGACAUCUCGCUCCUGCAGCCACACGUGUUCAACAGCACGCCAGCCCUGCAGCACUUGUCCCUGGCCGACAAUCCCCUGCACUGUGACUGCAAGGUGUGGUGGCUGGUGGUGUGGCUCAUGCAUCACCCAACACUCAGCCAGGAGGAGAAGGCCAGUGCUGUUUGUGCCACACCCUCCCACCUGGAAAAUGCUCCUCUGGAUGAGUUGACCAUGUCCCAGCUGGUGUGUUUUGAAGAAUCUUAUCAUGACUACCACGACUACUACCAUGACUACUAUCACGAUGAGGCGCUGGCAGAGGACACACCCGACAUCCGGCGCUCUGAUGCAGAGAUCACACUACGAGUGGCCCACUGGGUGCACCACGGGGCACAUUCAUUGCCAGACAAGGAUGUGGACAAGGAUUUGUAUCAGGGUGUGGAACUCAUCUGGCAGGUAGACGAGAGAGCAAUUCCAUACACAUGUGAUGCAGUGCUGGUGUACCAGCUGAUGCAAGGGACAGCUGGUGCCAGGGAGAUGCUAGCUAUGAAAGUAGGUGCCAACUGUAGUUCAGAUGGAUCACAAAACCCUCACCAAGUGGCAGUGACCUUGCCAGCGGAGGCCCUAAUGCCAGGUUCCACCUACCGCUACUGUUUGACGUUGCUGGAGCGUGGCACUGGUGAGCAGGAGGCCCUCCUACCUGGCUGUUCAGAGCUGUUGCUGCUGCCAGAGGCCCCGGCGGCUCCCAUGGUGCGGCAGCGAGGCAGAGUGACCAGCCUGACUGCUGGAGGUGUUGGGAGGGCCCUGGUGGUCCACACACGAGUGGACCAGGAUGGGCCGUGCACCUACACACUGGCCGUGGUGGCAGGACACAGACUGGCUGCCACCCGACAACUGAAUUGUACCGAGGCGCGUCACGAGUUCCCGUCACUGAAUGCGGGCCAGUAUGUGGCAUGUGCAAGUCCUGACCUCCCAGGCACCAACCACGACCUCGUUCACCUAGAACACCGCCUCAAGGCUGCACAGAAUGUGACAGCAGCACUGCAGCAGGACUUUGCUGUGUGCACGCCAGCCAUCAGCUUUGUGCCGUAUGGGGAGCCAGAGAUGAGCGUGGGACCGCUCCUCACCCUGCUGUUCACCCUCCCAGGCCUGGCCCUGGUGGUGACACUGUACGUCAUCGCCAGGAGAGUGUGGCGUGGCGGCGGCGUCCCCUGGCGCUGGGACCCGAGGACUCAAAAGUCAGGGAAGUACUUCCUUUACACAGGAGAGAUAGCAACUCCAUCCCUGAGUUUGGACCCACUGCCAGCAGACACUCCAGAGACCACCACUCCGGUGUAGGGGCAGCACCAGGCCCACACCUGCACAGUUCCUUUCUAGUCGAGUCAUAGUCAGGCUUGUAGUGGAGUACCUGGUAGUGCACCAUGGGAGGGCCUUCAGGCUGUGGUGCAUUAACACAACAGUGCCAUACACCUUGAUGGUGGCUGAGGACGGCUCAUGUCAACAAAAAACAUGUGUAUGCAUGUGUGCAUAAGUGUGUAUAUGUGUGUGUGUGUAUGUAUUUGCUACAUUUGUUACAUAUUUUUGUGCCAUGAAGCAAGUCAUUAUGGACAGAGUGCUUUACACAUGACUGAUGAAGUGUAAGUGUACAAGCAUUUUGUUUAUGUAUAUCUACAUAUAGUACACAUGCGUAAGUGUUUAGAUGAUGCCAACACCUCACUUGCUAGUAACUGUGUUUGCACCAGUAUGUAGCUUUAACCUACUGAAGAGUAGAUCUAAUCCUAGGUAGAGAAGUCCUCAUUGAGUCACAUGAACUCAUGCACGUCCUGUAUCUCACGUGACUAUUGUCCUGUUGGGCAGUGUGAAGGACAUUCUGUGAUCAAAGGUGAUGGACAACAGCAAAACAAAAUCCAUUCAAGUACCAAACCUUCAAAAAUGCUUCUGAAAAAUUGAAAACUAGUGUUGAUAUAUUUAUUCAUUAGAUUUGAAGCAAUACUGCAAUAAUAAUUCAUAAUAGCACAGUAGUCAUGAAAAUAUAAACAUGAAUGCUAAGAAAAGAGAUCUAACAAAUAUUUGCAAUAUUUGCAUGAAAAUAUAAACAUGAAUGCUAAGAAAAGAGAUCUAACAAAUAUUUGCAAUAUUUGCAGAGUACUUUGAGUUAAGUGACAUUGGCAAAUCCAUUCAUCUGCAAUACUAGUCAUUCACAUUGUAUAUCCAUCACACUGCCCAUCAAGAUUAAAAAUAUUCCUUCACUUUCAGGUCCAAAAUACUUAUAAUUUUUAUAUAUACUGUGAUGUAAGAAAAUCCAAAUUCAACCCAUUUCUAAUUUUGUGAAAUUAUGACGCCAGUUAUAAUGUUUGUUACCAGAGAAGAUAAUGUAAGUGGUCUGUGCCUCCUUCACCACACCACUACGUGUGUUGGCAGAGGGGUGGGGGGGUCAGACCUUCACGGUCGACAAAGCUUUAAUACUCCCUGUAUUGUUACUGUGGCAAGAGUAGCGCGCUGUUCCUCUCACCCGCAUUUUCCAUUUGUGUAGUGUUUACAUGUCAGUUCUGAGGUGUAACUGCAGGGAGUAAUAGUAAUACAACAGGGUGUAACAUAAGUGUGUGGAUACUGCUGGUGGCAAAAGUAUAAUUUAUUCCAAGUAGAAUAUUUUAUAUUCAAAUAUGCACCUUGAGGGAAGCUUUGUUUAGCAGUGGGGUGAAAUUUGAGUGUGGUGGGAUGACCGGUACAACUGUUGGGUUGUGUGGCAGUUUUGUGUCAUAAGGAACACCAUGUCAUCAUACUCCACCUUACUGUAACUGUGUGCCAUUUUCAACAGUAUACCUUUUUCAGAUGAAGAUCAUGCACUGCAAUCUCAGUGUUUUCACUGCCACUGUCUUGGGGUGAGAUGGAUCAGCUGAUUGCUAGCCCUAGCCACUCCCCCUUUCCAUCCUAGGCAGGCAAAGUGUCACAUAGCCUAAACUUUAUUAACUGUUCAUCACAGCCAUGGUAACAUUGUGCAUUUAUCAGCUUGUCAAAACAAGACAAUGUAAUACUCCAAAACUUGUAGAAGUGAUGACUGAAUGACUAAAAAGGUCAUCAUUGGACAAUCUGCAUCAAUGUGUAGAAGUGAUGACUGAAUGACUCAAAAGGUCAUCAUUCGACAAUCUGCAUCAACAUAUCAUUUCUACAAGCUUUGGAGUAUUACAGUGUUCUGGAAUGUGAAGAAUAGUGAUGAUGGACAGGUGGUGUAAGUGUCAGCACACACUGCACGCCAUUAUCAGCAUGGCUGUAAUUAACAAAUUAAAUAAUAGUGUACCUUUGCCUGUCUGGGUGGGGAGGCUAGCAACAAAUUACCUGAUUGCAAUUUCAGGAGGCUAGCAACAAAUUACCUGAUUGCAAUUUCACACUAAGACAGUGAUAGUGAAUACAUUAGAUUGUACUGCAUGAUGUUGACAGGGGGAGAGAGAAAAAGAAAAAAAUGAGAAAGCCACACAGUACCAGUAAGGUGGAGGAUGCUGACAUGGUGUUUCUACAGCAUAAAACGGCCACCUGCCCCAGUCAUUGCUGCCACACUCAAAUUUCAUCCCACCUCUCAACAAAGCUUCUAAAUGCAAAAAAGCAUGUAGAACAUUUUCUACUCAGAACAACUAGUACUUUUACUUCUCUCAGCAUCAGCACAUGCAUGUUACCACCUGUAUUCUACAAUGAUAAAUUCCUGCCAUUUCUUUGCAAUUUUGAUUUGGAAUAACUGCAAUAGGUAUUCUAGAGGUUUAUUUAUCUACAGUGGGGAAAUCUUGGCUGAAAUAUAUUCCACUCCAAUAUCAGGGUAACAUCAAACUCUGAGAGACGAGCAUUAUGUGUUUUGUCUGUCAGUGACGUCUCUUCUCUUCCCUCUAAUACAUGAUAGCUGCCUCUCGGUUUUAUUUCAGGUGGCUGGGGGUUCAAUUCCUCAGUUGCCGCCAUCUUGUCAAGGUGAGGAUGGCCAUUAUGUGCUGGGAGGGAAGAGGAUAGAUGUCACACACAGCCAACACAUACUGUUUGCCUCUCCAAGCUUGCUGCUGUUCUGAUAUUGUAGUGGAUUAUAUUUCUGCAACUACUCACUUUGUCAUGCUGUGGAAGACUUUACAUUCUCUCCACAUAACCAGCUCUUUCUUUAGAAGAAUCACACUUACCCACACAAUGAAUGAAAGAGAGUGAGUAACUGUAUUAUAGUAGGGGGGAGACUGUGGGGUGUGACUGAGAGAGAGAGAGAGAGAGAGAGAGAGAGAGAGAGAGAGAGAGAGAGAGAGAGAGAGAGAGAGAGAGAGAGAGAGAGAGAGAGAGAGAGAGAGAGAGAGAGAGAGAGAGAGAGAGAGAGAGAGAGAGAGAGAGACUCUUCUGUCACCCCCCUUGUCUUCAUUUGUGUCACCCACCCACUGCCCACUCUCACAAUCCUCUGCAUUGUUGCACGUCACAGACUGACACCACAGUGGCAAGUCGUUGGUGGCAUGGUCACAGCUCCUAGUCUUACAGCCUGCCUGCACAUUGUCCCCAUCACACACAGCUAAUAAUUCACAGGCAAAAAUACCACAUGAAAGAAAAGAAUAAUUACACAUACAUAUGAGGAGCAAAGAAAUGGUAGGAUAAAUAUAUAACAAUCCUUAUAUAAUAUCCUGUAGUGUAACCAGUCUUGUAAAUAUAGUGUCUGUCCUUCAGACAGUUCAUGUCUGACCACUUCUAACUGCACUGAUUUGUCAUUAUUCAUUCAUCUUUCAUCCUUGCCACUCGCUACAGACUCGCCAUUUUCACAUCAGGCUCAACAUUGUGGUCCUUUACAGGUGUUGACAAACAUGCACAGUGUAGCACAUCAUUUCAUUGGCAACACUGUUUCCUCAGGACAGGUGCUUUGUAAUGAAUGAAACAUUUAUAAGUAAUCACUAAAGAUAUAAAUGAAAAGAUGAACUUGUAUGUUGGCUAAAAACCUGUUGUGGUCCUUAACUUGUAACAAAAGUAGAAAAAGAUUAUCAUGUGCUUUGGACUUUAUAAUUUCAUGUGACAUGUCACAUAAACAAUAAUUAGUUACACACAACAGAGAAUAACACUUGCAACCUGUGUUGGUAAGGAGGUGAUAUCACAUAAAAGGAUGAUAUUCUUCAUAAUCAUCAUAUUGACAAUAUUGUCAUCACUUCAUCAUAUAUUAUUAAUUCUAAUAGUCUCAGUAUUAGAGGAAAUGCCCAUCCUUUCUAUACACUAUACAAAUGUUAAUAAGGCCAUGGGACUGGGCACAAAGAUUACUUCUCCAAGAACUUAUUACAACUUGUUUGCUCCACCAACCAGCAUCAGUCUGCUGUGGUAGGGUCCAGCACAUCCCUUUCUGUAUACACUGCACUGGGUUUCAUUGGCAUGAAGUUAAUUUAUGAAUGUUAAGUAUUCUUCCCUACUUAAUAGAAAUUAUAAUAGCUUUAAAUAAUCCAAAAGAAACUAAUUUAUAUUACAACUAGUGGAGCAUAGUUUUAAAAAAAUCUUAAAAUUAAACCUUAUCAGUUUGAGUACCAAUUAGGUGCCAGAUGAGGCAUGCCAUGGUACUGUACCUCCACAGUUUUCUAAGCCUUGCUGGGCCACAGCAGUGAAUGGUUUGCCAUGUAAUGUGCUUAGUGACACAAAGCAUUGGCUUGUUUGUGCCUGGACACCACCACAGGUGUAAGCAGUGAGUACAGAAUGAAUUCACUCAUAUCUUCCCUACUCCAGGGGCACAUCAACACCUCUCACAUCAUCAAUCAUUACAUUAGUCAUUGCUGUGCCAUAAAAUGUAGAUAUUCAUAUAUAAAUAUAUGUAUAUGACUAUAUAGCUGUACAUAGUGUGCAUACAUUUUUAAGAUAAGAGCCUGUUACUAUAUCCAAGUUCUCAUUCACCUGCCAGGCUAGGCAGGGCAGAGCAGCACACCGUCCACCUACUGCAGCAAAACUAUUGUACCAGCUGAACCAAUAUGAAAUAAAGCUUCACAAAUUUGUUUUCUAAUAUGUGCACUUGGGAAUUUCCAAAUGUAAAACACUCAUCACUGUCAGUCUGCCACAGAGGGAACAGAGCCUUACUUGUCCCUAUGAAGCAUUCUUGUUAAGGAUUGAAUUAAGAAAAUGUAAGUGGUGGAUCAACUUUCUGGUUUCUUGAUCAACAGAAUAGAGAAUGAACAGUGAUGAGUAUCCUGUACUAUCACCAAUGUGCAUCAUUAAGUUAGGUAUGAAAAGCACUUAAUUGUCUCAAGAUCAAAACCUAGCCUUACUACCAGUCAAUCUUUAUAAAGAAAUGUUUAAGUAACCUUUGCAGUACCAUGCAGGUUCUCUGGGAAAUCAUAACAGAAAAUAAAAUGAGAUAAGAAA